AUGUCUUACAGACAAGACAAGCUCAUCCUCCUGCUCGAGACGGGCACAUCCUCUGCCGUCCGUCGCACAGCAUCGAAGCAAUUGGCCGAGCUCACCUCCAAAAUUUACAAGGCGGCACGACCCGACGAUAGCGUCAAGAAGCAGGAAGCUGGUCCUUCCACCCGGGAUGUCAAGCCAAAGAACCCGGACGCUGUCGCCCUACAUGCUACAGUCAGCGAGGACGAAGCGUGGGAUGAGGCGCUUGAGACGAUAAGCAAGCUCGUCCCCAUCCUCCGGUCCAAGCAGUCCGAAUCCCGCAGCGCGGCUGCCCAUGCGCUCGGUCUCCUCGCAAAUUACCUUCCCCCACAUUCCUCCUCGCUCGUACCUCCACCAAGCGUACCCUUCGACACUUCUCCGGUGGACAUCCUUGACCUCGUCCAGAAUGGUGGUACUCUCCUCGCCUCGGCCGGCCGGGAAUAUAUCGCAAAGCCAAGUACCGGGGACAAGGCGAAACGGCGUCAGGCUAUGAUGGGGUCGAUAGGGCUCGGCGACGCAGUAGGGUGGGGCGAUGAUGUGGAUAAGGUUAUAGGAGAUGAUGAGGAGGAUAUGGGGAAAGGGGCGACUGGUGCAGAAGCGGUCAAGGUGGAAACUCCUCCAGUGGACAUUUUUGAGGGGCUGAGUGCGAGGCAGGCGAUCAUGCUCAAAAGGAAGAAGGGCAACGUGGCUGAAGAGGCGAAUAAAAUGCGGAAGCUAAACGAGCAAGCUGCGAAACCGACCGCCCCCGCAUCCUCAGCGACACCCACUCCGAAACUCUCGCCCGGCACUCCUACCACACCACUUCCCCCUGCACCUGCAGGAGCGGUAGUCAUCGACCCGGGCGCCAAAGCUCGAGCGGCCGCAGUAAGCGGCGGAGGCGGACAGGUGGAGCCGACUCUUGAUGCAGACGGGAACGCUGUCUCCCAAGCUCGAGCAGCGCUCAUCAAGGUUCAAUCGACCGAAUCUCCCUGGGUGACCGUUCUCACCGAAAUCAUCCCCUUCCUCUCUGAUCCAGCAUGGCAAGCCCGGCAUGGCGCCGCUCAGGGCAUCAUGGAGAUCAUCCGCUCCCUCCCUUCGCUGGACGAUACGGUCCUUCUCCCCCUCGCUCGACAUUUCCUCACGCUUCAGGCAUUGGAUCGCUUUGGCGACUUUCUGGGCGAUACGGUUGUCGCCCCCGUCCGAGAGACAUCGGCGCAAGGGCUGGGCGUGUGCCUGAAGUACCUGUCGGUUGGGGCGGUGAGGGAGGUACAUGGGACGCUGGUGCAGAUGAUCCGGCAGACGUGGGCGAAGCGGGGCAAAGAGGGGAGUGGGAGGGAAAAGUGGGAGCGGUUCUCGUGGGAGAUCCGACAUGCGGGGCUGUUGGGACUGAAAUAUGAGGUAGCGGUGCGAGGUGACCUACUCGGUGUUGCCGAAGAUGGGAUGAAGGUGGAGCCGGAAGCGUUCUCGCUCAUUGACGAUGUUGUGGAUGUGGCGAUACUAUCAAUGAAAGACGCAGAUGACGACGUCCGCACCGUCGCUGCUUCCACUCUCCUUGCUAUCGCUGGCCAGCUCGCCGAGACAUUGCCCACAGACCGCCUUCGGUCCAUAUUCGACACCGUCUGGCAUUGUCUCGCGAACGACCAAGAUGAGCUCGGGAGCAGUAUCGGCGCCAUCAUGGAUCUCCUCGGUACGAUGCUCGCCCACCCACGCUUCAUCCAGCUCUUUGAGACGACCCAAAACUCCCACCUCAUCCCCAGUAUCUACCCCUUCCGACGCCACCCCAUCGUCUCUGUCCGCCUCGCCGUCGUCUCCGCACUCCACCGGAUAUCUACCGCCGACAACCUCUCUCAGGCCCACUGGAAGCGACCCGAAUAUUUCGCAUACCUCUUUGAGAAUCUCAUCCUGGAGCAGAAUCCCGAAAUUCGGCGCAUAUCCAUGGAAGCGCUCAAAGUUGGGAUGAGCACGCCGGGUGCGCAGCUGGAAGGCGUUGAGGACUGGUACGGGCUCGUCAUGACCCCGGUGGGGCAGCCGCUGGACCCCGAUCUGUUCCAGAGCGGAAUAGGAGCCAAGAAGUCGGGAGGGCAUAAUGUCGACAAGGCGAUGAUGGCGGGUGAUUUGGGGUUGGUGGAUGCGGAGAUCAUGUGGGAGACGAGGAUUGAUGGGGCCAAGGCGCUGGGGUAUUUACGGAGUUUGGGAUCAACUGAAGAUCUCGACUUCCUCAGAUCUGCCCUUUCGUCCGGAUCAGCGCAUAAGGCCCUUAUGGCCACCAUCAUCAUCCAAGAAUGGGCGUACCAAGCCGACCGGACCCACUUCGGUCCCGCAGUCAGCCUUUCCUCGCAUCCCGGUGCCGCCACCCUCAUUCCUAUCCUCAUCAAGCUCAUUGAGUCCCCGCCCCGGUCGACGUAUACCGAGAUGACGACCCUCCUCCGGCGCAUCCAGGCCGACUGUCAGGCGCUCCUCAGCGCAUUCGGGACCGAAGGGAGGCUCGUCAAAAAGCUCAUCCCCACCCUGCCCAAGAAGGUGGAUGCUGCGGCUAGCACCAGCCCUGAUGUCUUCACGCUCGCUACUGCCCAGUCGGCGGCAACGACGCAAUUUGACAGCCUCUUUGGACAGCUAGGAAAGAGCGCAGCGAAGUCUGCGGGUCCGGGGCUACAGGAUCGGCAGAGGAAGGUGAUUGUCAGUAUUGGGUAUUAUGCGGUCAUGAAGGACCGGUAUGAUACGCAGGUGGCGGCGGGGGUAGCGGGCGCGCUGGUGGCGCUGAGGGUGUUGCCGGCGAAGUUUGGUGGAUUGAUCAAGGCCAUCAUGGACAGUAUCAAGAAAGAAGAAUCAACGAUCCUCCAAACCCGAUCCGCACACUCCAUCUCCGCAUUCAUCGCCUUCUGCUCCUCGCCCCUAUUUGACCGCCCCGUCAAUCCAUCCACCAAGGUCGUCUCCAACCUCUUCACCUUUCUGUGUUCCGAUACAUCUAUCACGCCCGUUUUCCGCGCCGAGUCUGCUGUGGAUGGGAUUGAGACGCUUCGGGAAGAAAAGGAGGCGGCGGCCAAAGCGGCCCGGAAGAAGGGGAAACAUCAGGCCGAGGAGGAGGAGAGCGAGGCGGAGUUGGGGAUGCGGGUGACGAGGCGGGGGGCGUUGCAGGCCUUUCGGGAGCUGGCGCGGGCGGGAAGGGAGGGGCUGUUUGAGGUCGUGCCGAGGAUGUGGGAGGGGGUUGGGGCGGGGUUGUUGGCGCAUUUCCCGGCGGGAUCUUCGGCAGAAGGAGCAGACGCCAAGCUCCGCACAACCCCCCAAGCAGGUCAAGAAGUCAUCGACGCCCUCACUUCUCUCCGGCUCAUAUCGCCCGACCUCGACUCUCGGCUCCAUCCCCGCCUAGCGACGCUGUUACCCUCCAUCCUACUCGCGCUCCAGUCGUCCUUUGCCAUUAUCAGACAUACCGCCGCGCUGUGCCUUGCGGCACUGUGUGACGUGAUGAUUGACCAAGCGAUGAAGGCCGUUGUGGACGGCGUGGUUCCGCUUAUUGGGGAUGCGAGGCGGGUACAGGCGAGACAGGGCGCCGUGGAGGCUGUUCACCACAUCAUCAAGCUGUUGGAUAUCAAGGCUUUGCCCUAUGUCCUGUUCCUCAUUGUGCCCAUCCUUGGGCGGAUGAGUGAUCCGGACGAGUCUGUCCGGCUCUUGUCGACCAGCACCUUUGCUUCGCUUAUCAAGAUGGUCCCUCUCGAAGCUGGCAUACCCGACCCACAUAACUUCUCCCCUGACCUCCUCGCGAAGCGGGACGAAGAGCGGCAAUUCCUCACUCAGCUGCUAGACGGGUCCAAGGCGGAGCAGUACGAGAUUCCGAUCGAGAUCAAGGCGGAUCUGCGGCAAUAUCAGAAGGAUGGAGUGAGCUGGUUGGCUUUCUUGGCGAAGUAUCAAUUGCAUGGGAUACUGUGCGACGAUAUGGGCCUCGGCAAGUCGCUCCAGAGCAUCUGCAUCAUCGGCUCCAAGCACCACGAGCGACUUACGCGGCACCGCCUCAGCGCCUCGCGCGAUUCGGCACACCUUCCCUCACUCAUCGUCUGUCCACCCACGUUGACCGGUCACUGGUUCUACGAGAUCCUCAAAUUCACCUCUUCCCUCCGUCCCCUCCAGUACGUCGGGACGCACGCCCAGCGCGCUCACCUCCGCCCCUCCCUGACGAGCUACGACGUCAUCAUCACCUCGUACGAGACUGUCCGCGCGGAUAUCGCCGAGCUCGGUAAAAUCAACUGGCUCUACUGCGUCCUGGACGAAGGGCAUAUCAUCAAGAAUGCGAAAACAAAGCUCGCGGCGGCGGUCAAGUGUAUCAAGGCGCAGCAUCGGUUAUUGUUGAGCGGGACGCCCAUCCAGAAUAAUUUACUGGAAUUGUGGAGUUUGUUUGAUUUCCUCAUGCCGGGGUUUUUGGGGAGUGAGCGGGGGUUCCAAGAGAAGUUUGGGAAGCCGGUCAUGGCGGAUCGAGAGGGGAAGGCGACGCCCAAAGAGCGGGAAGCGGCCACGGUCGCGCUCGAGACGCUACAUAAACAGGUCCUCCCGUUCCUCCUUCGUCGGCUGAAAGAGGAUGUCCUGCAAGACCUCCCGCCCAAGAUUAUCCAGGACUAUUACUGCGACCUCUCCCCGAUCCAGUCGGUACUAUACGACGAGUUUGCCAAGUCCCGUGCGGCCGAAGAGGCGGGUGAGGAGGUUCAGACCGCUACGGCCGAGUCGGCACCGGCUGCCUCGGGGCAGGGACACGUUUUCCAGAGUCUGCAGUAUUUGCGGAAACUGUGUAACCACCCGGCGCUGGUCCUGGAGGGUGGAGACGGUAUGGGGAGAUGGGAUGAGCUGAAGGGUCGGGCGGGACUGGGGAAGGAAGUGGGAUUGCGGGAUCUGGGGAAUGCGCCAAAACUCGAGGCGUUGAGGCAAUUACUAAACGACUGCGGCAUAGGUCUUCCCUCCGCAGACAAAAUCUCUGACUCGCCAUCACACCGCGUCCUCAUCUUCUGCCAACUCCGCCCCAUGCUCGACCUCAUCGAGACCUCCCUCUUCGCCCCGCACAUGCCCACGGUCACCUACAUGCGGAUGGACGGGUCUACCGACCCGCGCAAGCGCCACGCCGUCGUCCAGACCUUCAAUGACAAUCCCGCCAUUGAUGUCCUGUUGUUGACGACGAGUGUAGGCGGUCUGGGUCUGAAUUUGACAGGAGCGGAUACGGUAAUUUUCGUGGAUCACGAUUGGAACCCGAUGAAGGAUCUGCAGGCGAUGGAUCGGGCGCAUCGGCUGGGACAGAGGAAGGUGGUUAAUGUGUAUCGGUUGAUUAUGCGGGGGACGCUAGAGGAGAAGAUUAUGGGUUUACAACGCUUCAAGCUCAAUAUCGCCUCGUCGGUCGUCACCCAGCAAAACGCGGGAUUGGGGUCAAUGAAUACUGGAGAAGUGCUGGAUCUCUUCAAGGUCUCAGCGGACGGGGAUCGGGCGGGUAAAGGCAAGGCAGGGGCAAAGGCAGCUGGAGGGCCAAUGUCUGCGGCUCGCAUCCUCGAAGGACUGGACGAUCUACCCCCCGAGGACGAGUACGCCGACUUGUCACUCUCCAACUUCCUCAGUAAAGUAUAG